UUUCUAUUUUCUUUCUUGGAAAAAAAAAUUCUGUACAAUGUGGUCUUCCUCACGAUGAACACACACAUUCAUGCUAGAAUGAACCCUGGUUUCUCUCUCUCUCAAAGCACCAAAAACAUUGAUUUGAAUGGAAGCUAGAAUGCCCAACAAACUGCAACAAAAAGAUUCUCACCUCUCAAUCCCUUCCCCAGAAGAAGAGAAAUGCAUGUUUAUGCUGUGAGGCACACUUACAUAAAUUAAACAAUUAACCUGAAUUAGACCACUACUCUCCAUUUCCAGUGCCAAAAAUCUCCACCUUCAUAUCUGAUCUUCUGAUUCCAAAAAUGAUAGCUGAUACCCUGAAAAGAGAGUUCCCCGACGCUGCAGCAGCGUUUGUCGAUUUGUGCAGCACAGAAGAGAGUGGGAGGAAGGGGGGAGGGAGAAUGGACAGGAAGAAGAAAUGUGUUGUGGAGGUUCAAGAUGACAGAGAGUUUAAGUCCAAGAAUCUCCAGGCUGAGAGGCGUCGUCGAGAGAAACUCAGCCAGAGGCUGCUCGAGCUUCGCUCAUUAGUCCCAAACAUAACCAAUAUGACUAAAGAAACGAUAAUCACGGAUGCAAUUAGCUACAUUGAGGAGCUGCAGAACAAUGUGAAGGAGCUGAGCAGCCAGCUUUUGGAAAUGGAGGCCACUUCUGGAGUGGAAAUGGAAGUGAAAGCCCAGACUGAUUCUGCUGCAGAAGACAUGAAGAAAUUUGGGAUUGAGGCAGAGGUUCAGGUGGCUCAAAUCAACGAAAACAAGCUCUGGAUCAAGGUAAUCUGCCAGAACAGAAAAGGCGCCUUUACGAAACUAAUGGAAGCCAUGAAUGUUCUUGGAGUCCAUCUCUAUGAUACCUCUGCCACCACCUCCAAAGGUGCCCUUCUUGUCACCUCAACUCUGGAGUUAAAUCAGAGUGGAGCAGCAGAGGCUCAUCAAGCUCAGCAAUUCUUGCAGGAGAUUAUCAACAGCAUAUAAGGAUUUGGCAACAGAUGAGAGAUUAGGAUAUGAACUGCAGAACAAACAUGACAAUCUAUAUAUCACUGUCAUAGUAGGAUCUUUGCUUUUUUAACAAGUUU